AUCCCAUGAUGCAGCGCGGGGGCGGCGGCGACGGCGGCGGUGGUGGCGGCGGCCGCCAUGUUGUGGUAGUUUGUUGUUCUCCUGUGGCGGGUGCGUGCGGAGGGGCGGCAGGAGGGGGAGCCGCCGGGCGCUGAAUCCGAGCCCUUCCCCGUCCCCCCGCUCCCCGCCGCUCCUGGGAGCGGCACGGCGUCGCUGGCGGGAGCCGCCGCCUGGGCAAGGCGAAGAGCCAUGGCUGCCGCCCUGGGAGGAGGCGCAGAUGAUGACUUUGAUCAGUUUGAUAAGCCUGGUGCAGAAAGGUCUUGGAGAAGAAGAGCUGGAGACGAUGAUUGGGACAGUGAACUUGAUGAUGACCUGCUUGGAGAGGAUUUGCUAACUGGCAAAAAGAAUCAGUCAGACUUGUCAGAUGAAGAGCUGAAUGAUGAUCUUCUGCAAAGUGACAAUGAAGAGGAACAAGAAUUUCGUUCUCAAGGUGUCACAGUUAGCCUCAAUGCUACAUCUGGCAUGCUUACAUCAUAUGAACUCUCAGAGACCAUCAACGAUCCAUCAAUAGAACAUGAGUCUGAAUAUGACCAAGGAGAAGAUGAAAUUGUUUAUGACAAAUCUGAAGCACCUGAAAUAUAUGCUUCAGAGUAUGCAGAGGAAGGACAUUAUGAAGGCAAUGAUCCUGAACUGACAGAAGAUCAAAUAGAAUAUGGGGAAGAGCCUGGAGAAGAUGAUGAAGUGCUAGACCUCGAAAUCAAUGAACCACUAGAUGAAUUUCCAGAUGAAGAUUACAUGCAGUCAUAUAAUGAGCAAGCAAUGGAAGAACAAGAAGAAUAUACAGCUGAUGAGGAGCUGGAAGAAUCCCAACAAAUGACAAAUGAAUCAGAAGAGGCAGCUAUUGAAUCUCUGGAACUUCAAGAAGAAACAAAAGAAGAAUCUGAUGAAGAGGAGGAUGAUGAUGAAGAGUCUGGACGAUUACGUUUCAAAACUGAACGGAAAGAAGGAACGAUAAUUAGGCUCUCAGAUGUGACAAGAGAAAGGAGAAACAUUCCAGAAACUUUGGAACUUUCUGCAGAAGCCAAAGCAGCGUUACUUGAAUUUGAAGAGAGGGAAAGGCAGCUUAAACAGGGACGGUAUGGCUCAAGGAGAGGAGGACGAAGAGGAGGCUCGAUUAUGUGCCAUGGAAUGGGAGAACAAAGGAGAGACAAUAAUGAUAGGGGAAGAAUGAAGGAUCACAGGCCUGCACUGCUGCCAAACCAGCCAUCAACAAUGACUCAUUCACAGAGGUUAAUUCCAACACACCAGCAACCUGUUAGGAGUCUGUUCCAGCAGCAACAGCAGCAGCAGCAGCAACAGCAGCAACAACAGCAGCAGCAACAGCAGCAGCAGCAGCAACAGUUACAAUCUCUGCUUCCUUUACAGCAUCAGCAUCACUCUUCUCCUCCUCCAGGGCUACAUAUGCCCCCUCAGAUAGAAACGCCUAGAAUAAUGAUGACUCCACCUCCAGUGACACCUCAGCAACCGAAGAACAUACACAUAAAUCCACAUUUCAAGGGGACAGUAGUGACACCUGUACAAGUGCCCUUGCUGCCAGUUCCAGCCCAGCCAAGACCUGCUGUAGGACCCCAGAGAUUUCCUGGCCCUCCAGACUUUCAGCAGCAUACACCUGGACCCGUUCCUACCAACUUCUCCCAAGCCCCAAGGCUGCCAAUCCAGGACCAGUGGAGAGGGCCACCACCCCCGCCACCACCACUCCCUCCUCCACCUCCUCAGGAAAGGGAUCCUUUCUUCAUAGCAGAUCCAAGGUUUCCAAGUCAUCACUUGUUUGAGCAGCGAAGCCCCCCGCCACCACCACCUCCCCCGCUUCUUAAUAGCGCACAUCCUGUCCCUACCCAAAAUCCGAUGCCCUUCAGCCAGCCCGGGCCAGCGUUUAACCAGCAGGGACAGCAGCCCGUGUUUCCCAGAGAGCGGCCGGUGCGGCCAAACAUGCAGCCUCAAGGUCCUGUGGGGAUUCUCCACUUCAACCAGCCAGGUUCAGCAAACCCUCGGCCCUUCAUCCCUCCACGGCAGCAGUUCCUGCAGGCUCCAGGACAGCCCUUCCUCGCCGCGCACACGCAGCCCAGCAUGCAGGGUCCCUUGCAUCCUCCAUUACAGCCUCAGCCACAACCUCAGCCUCAGCAGCACCAUCACCAGCAGCAGCAGCAACACCAUCACCAGCAGCAACAGCAGCAACACCAUCAUCAUCUCCAAGGGCCACCGCAGCCCUUGAUGCCCAUGAACCAGCCACAGUUCAGGCCUCAUAUGCAGGCCACGCAGCAGCAGCCAAAUAACAACAGGAUGCAGUGUCAGCCGCGACAGGGUCCAAUGAAGCCAAGGCAUAGUACGCCAUCACAAAAUAUUGUCAAGCGUCCAAAUCAGCAGCUACAGUCAACUGCUCCAAGAAAUAGCAACUUGCGUGAGUUGCCGAUAGCACCAUCACAUGCUCUGGAAAUGAGCAACAACAGGCGAACCUCAACCCCAGCUGCUCAGGUCAAACCCAUUGCCAGCACGAUGUCAGCCAACAAGUCUGUAGCUGGUGUUGGAAACUCGCAGGGAAGGCCUGAGAUGAAAGCUAAAGCAAUCACACCAGUGGGCCAAGCAAAAUCAGAAGUAAAAUCUGAACCAGAGUAUCCAGAUGAAGAUGAAGAAACUAGAUUGUAUCGUUUGAAGAUAGAAGAGCAGAAGCGCCUAAGAGAAGAAAUUCUGAAACAAAAGGAGCUGAGACGGCAGCAGCAGGCUGGUGCUAGAAAGAGAGAACUGCUCGAAAGACUUGCGCAGCAGCAGCAGCAGCAACCUUCUACGCAACAGUCCUACAUGCAGCAGGAGGAUGACUCCUCUGACUUUCCUGCCAACGGCAGCCCUUACAUACCCCACUCCGGCUUACAAACCAGGCAAAAUGUGAAAAACAGACUCCUUGUUAAAAAGCAAGAUACAGUAGUUCCAAAUUUCCAACCCAAACCCACAGAUUUCCCACAGGUUGGGGCAAACCUGCAGUAUCAAGGACAGCAGAUGAAGCCAGUGAAGCAGCUGAGGCAGACUAGAACAGUCCCUCCGAGUCAGCCUCAGGCUCCGCAGAAAGUAUUGCAGACAAAACCUGCUGCAGCGUCGCUGCCCAUGACACAGACUGCUCGAGUGGCUUCAGUACAAGCAAGGCCCCAGGAACUGAAACCUGGCGUGAAAAGGACUGUCAUGCAGCGGACAAACAGUGGUAGUGGAGAUGGGCCCCAUGUCGGCAGCAAAGUCAGGGUGAUUAAGUUGUCAGGAGGGGGGGGAGAGGAUGCUGGCUUUUUUCACCCAGAGGGCCAACCCCAGCGGCCUCAACAACCCCCGGAGCCGAAACAGCAGCCAGUGCGGAAGGUCACAUUGACAAAGGGAAUGCAACAGCAGCAGCACCAACAGCAGCAUCAGGCACAGAUCCAUUCACCAGCUCCUCAAGGAGUCAAAAACAUCCAGGGAAUCCAUCAACCUAAAAAGGUCAUUAUGCACGGCAGAGGCAGAGGAGUAGCAGGCCAGAUGGGCCGAGGACGCUUGAUGCCAAAUAAACAGAACCUGCGAGUGGUGGAGUGCAAACCUCAGCCCUGUAUUGUGUCAGUUGAAGGGCUUUCUUCAUCAACUACUGAUGUCCAACUGAAAAACCUGCUGAUGUCAGUGGGACCCAUUCAGAGUUUACAGAUGCUUCCUCAACAACGGAAAGCCAUAGCAAAAUUUAAGGAGCCAGCACAUGCUUUAGCAUUUCAACAGAAAUUCCACAGGCACAUGAUAGAUCUGUCCCACAUAAACGUGGCACUGAUAGUUGAGUGAUGUCUGCUGAGAGAAACCCUGACACUAACAGAAGCAUACUGUGGAGCUACAUGAGGCACAGUGGCAAAACCAUCGGGUUGUGAAACCUUUCAGCUUAGUCUUUAAUUGCUAUGUUGAACUACAGAAAGCAGCAAGAUGUUCUCCAGAAGAGCUGAACUUGAGAGGAUCUGCAAAAGUGGAAUUUCUGUUUGGUUUGUUCACAUUCUGUUGUAACCACGUGGAACUACAGAUGUUUUCUUCAAAAUGCUUUCAAUGCAUGUAGACACUGUUCUUCAAGAUCCUACUGUGUGACUACAGUGACUUGAGCGAGAACGUUUACAUCGAAAGAUUGAAAAACUUUCUUCAUAGCAAAGAAUAUUUGAUAAUGGUUGCUCUUAUCUUCAGUGCGAGGUAUUUGAAUGAAAACUCACUUUUCUAAACAAAACACAUUAGUUACGUUGCGUAUCUGAGAGCACAGAAGGUAUUCUUGCAUAGAUUUAAACGUGGUCUACUUCACUGAAUAGCAGUAUGCUGAGAAGCUGUGGAGGUGACACUGGAAAAUUGUAGUUUUGAUCGUUGUAAAUAAGUUCAGUCUGUCUUUGCAUUUUUCUAUUCCAACCCAGAUUUCCAUCUUCUCCUUCCAAGUCCACUUAUUCCAUAAAACCCUGUGUAGGAAUAACACGGCUGUAUUUUCCCGUGGUUGUUAGAAACAAGGAUCUUUGCCCUUCAGUAGCAUCGUGGGGUAGUGAACUGCAAGUUGUACCUAGGUUAUUUUAAAUGACCCUUUUUCCAGACACAAGGAAAAAGAAACUUUUGGUGGCUCACUUGAGAAAUGUUACAUGGAAGAGCGAUGCAUUCCUAAUAGCUCUUUUGGGCUAGCGUUUCAUGAUUGCCUUAUGCUUUAUUUUGAUUAGGUUUUUUCCUUUGAGAUUUAUUUUGUGACUUAACGCUGAACCAUAAGAAACGAGUAACUGAAAGGACUUGGGUUGAUGUGGUGUUCCCCAUAAAUACAGGACUAUAAGGACAUUGUGAAUCUGCUGGUGGAUGUGGCAGUUUCCAAAAAUUACAUGCAAACGUUAAGGAGCUUAUAUUUUAUUCAAAGUAAAAUGUGUGAUAUUUCCUUUUGGUUAGAACCAUCUAGAUGGUGUUGCCAAAGGAACAAUUUUUUCAGUUACUUCUGAAUAAACUUAACUAAAAUGUCAUCUUUAUAUUGGAUUCCACUUUUUAUGAACGUUUCCAUAGUUUUUAGACUGUGAGCUUUUGCUUGGUCCUUUAUUUUAGGAAUACUUUUAAGAACUCCACCUACUAAUCGAGCAGUUGGGGUGGGCUGACAGAAACCUUACAGGUUUCUUACCUGAGUGACCGCGGAAGAAUAUUAUUGCUCUGUAAUGAAACAGCUGCGAAUGGGGUCCAAAAUAGGCAUGCCAAGCAUGGAAAGCAAGUUUAUAUUACCAUAGAUCUUUUAAAUUAUUAUUAAGAUUUGAUGGUAGCCAAAUCAUAAAGACCUAAUUGGCUUUCUUACAAUUUUGGUCCAGAUUUUCAAUUAAGUAGAAGCUACUAAAAAUAAUGAUUGAAUAAUAGAUCCUGUCAAAAGUCAUCUAGGUAAAACUGUUCUUUGUUCAUUGAAAUUAUACAGAAUACUGUGGUACUUUGGUAAUACUGCACCGGGAGAAAUACUGAAAGAAUACUCUUAAGCCUGUGUACAACAUAGUGACGAGACACAGGAACAUCAUGAGAAUUUUGCAUGGAAGUUAGUUUUACAGCCAUCUGUAUAGUUCCUCAUUUAUGCAUAUUAAAUAAUAUUCAGUACAAUUACUAUACAGAAAGUGCUGUUAGUGCUUCAGGGUAGAGCCAAGCCCAGGACAGAGAAUGAGCUGUAGGUAGGAGGUGCCCAGCGGGAGCCGACCCUGAAGAUGUGCGAGGUGAUGUGCCCCCUCCCACCGCGAGCGCUAGGACCCCUGCGCUGCCGCCUCAGGUUACGUAGUUUUUAUUUUAAAGAAGUAAAUUCUCAUCUUGGAAACAAGUCAUUAAACAGUUAUUCAUGCCACUGUUAGGGAGCAGCUUCUCUGUGAUGAGAAGGAUGGGAAGACGUGUUGGAGUGGAGCGGUAAUGGUGCGUGUCGGGAAAUCUGGGUUAGAUGCGAAUGCCAGACGGGCCAGCAGCUGAGUUCAGCAGUAGGAACAUCUGCAGUUGAUCAGCUGUCCUGUCAGAAGCAAACGUUAUUGGGGUUAGAGGGUUUCUUGGAGCCUAAGAAUAUGGGUUUGAUUCAAAAGUCAAAGUAGUUUGUAGAAAUGCUCCAGCUUUGGGUUUUGAAUCCAUCCCAAAGAGGCUGAGGUUCAGCCAAUUUUAAGUUUUAAGAAUUUUUAUUCAGUUGGGUUUGUUGUUUUUGUUUUUUGUUGGUUUGUUGGUUUUUUGUUUUUUGUUUUUUGUUUUUUUUUUUUUUUAAAUUGAGACAAAUGUGUGGCUUUAGAAUAAAGAUGUGAAAUUGCCUCAGAUCUAUUUUAAAUGCAGGAGGCAACAUAAGCAAUGCCUGUUUAAUGACUACAUGCACCCUCUUUAAAGGCAGUUGCAGUUGGUUAUUGCUUGUGCAUAGACAGGGUACGGGCGGAUCGCUGGUUAUGAUUUUAGCUGCUUAUCGCAGUCAAUACUUGGGUACCUGCUGUACCUUAUUAUAUGUAAAUAUACUAUAUGUAUGUAUGUCUGUAUGCAUUUUAUUAUAUACAUACAUACAUACAUACUCACACCCUGUGUUGUCACCAUAACUCUCUAAUAUCUUAAACUCAGUAGCAAAAGUAGCAAUUAGGUGAGUCAUUUGUUAAAAUGUUCCUGUUUUGUUAGUUCUCAAAUCCUGACUUAAAAGUGGAUCUCUUGGCAAUGAUCAGUUUGGAUGAUAACAGCUCUUUUAGAUCCAUUUGUUGUCUCCUCCCAAAAAAACCCCAAAGAAAGCAGAAGUAAAACUAGAUGGACGUGUUCUUGCCAUGUUCUCUUUCAGCACAUAGUUAAAUCUGAGCAUCUUCAGUUCACUUUCUUGGAAGAUCUGUUGCAACCAUUAUCUUGUUCUUUCUUUAUCAUGCAUUCAAAAUAUGAUGCAAAAUGGAAAAAAAAAAGGCAUUUAAUGUAGUAUGUAAAUAUUGACCUUUUAAAAUUAAAAUGUUACUUAAAGUGCUUACAGUCAACCACAUCUUAGCUAUUUGUUAGUUUUUUGUGUUGUCUUAUCUAAGUUUAAUGGAUACAGUUCCAUAAAUGUUGAUGUGUUUUUGUGUAUAUCUUCAAAUUUUUAUAAAGAUGCUAGUAAGUCAAUACAUAUAUCCUGAUCUGUGUAUUAUUUGUUCACAGUUUCUAUUAGCAUAAUUUUAUAAUGAUUUUAAUGGGCAACUCUAGUAGGUGAUUAUAUGGAGCCAACUUUUUUUUUCAAAUUAUUUUGUUUUCCUCUUGUAGCAACUAAUCAUAUUUUGCCUUGACUAAAAGAUUGGAUUGGCCAUAUGAUCUGUGGUAUUUUAGUGGAAUGUUCUACUUUUUUUUAAUUUAAAAAAAAAAAAAUAAAUCUCGGUCCUUUAACUUUUGAGGGGAAAUACAGUGCGCUGUCAGACCAGGGCAUGGGGUUUCUAGGUUUGUUCUGUUGUGCUGUACCAAGUACAAAUCAGGUCUGUCGUGUAAUAUUGUUCUCAAAAGUUUGGGAUAUUUUGGUUUUACACGUAAUUCAAGUUGGUCAUGUAACACGUUGGUUCAUCACAAUGUUAGCAACUGAUGUGGCACGUAUACUGUGUGAUGGUUAGAUGGGGCUUGGAGCAACCUGGUCUAGCGGCAGGUGUCCCUGCCUGUGGCUGGGGGGUUGAAACUAGAUGAUCUUUAAGGUCCCUUCCCGCCCAAACCAUUCUGUGAUUCUAUGGAACUAUGUGCAGUGUUGAAAAAACUUGGUAUAUGUGAUGCUAGGCAGGAGGAGGACAGGUCCAUAGCACCUUCAUAGCUGGAGGAACUUGCAUGCAAGUGUUUAUCUCUUAAGUAGUGCUAGAGGAUAAAUUUAGACAGGGAUGUUGUUCUUGGCCCGCACACAUCUCCAGUAUGACUUUGGGAAAGAAGAGUAAAUACUGGCACACCCUCUGUAAAGUAUUUGCAGAUACCUAGUUUAUUCCCCAAUUUAAAUCUGAAGAUUCACUUCAGGUUUCCGAAUUUCUGAGGAAGAAAAAAAAAAAAAAAAAAGGCCUUGUAGCCAGUAAAAUGCAUAGCAGACUGAGCAUUUUAGUUCUUUGAUGUCAGCUUUCCACUGCAAGGGUGUAGAUGAGAGAUUUUUUUUCAUAGAACUGUAGGUUAUUCCAGAACAGCCUUCAGGGUCUUUGUUGUUUUUUUCUUAACGUGAUCUAGGUACUUGAAAUAAGAAAACAACUUGAUGUUGAAUUUUUUAAUAUUUUUUUUAAACAUAGUAAUUUUUUAUCUGUUUAGUUUAAAAUUGUGCGGUUUUCCUGGAAGCUGUAGGUGCUUCCUAUCGUUACACACAGUAACUGCGUGUCUGUAUGUGUGUGUGGGUGCGUUGCCCUUACGGCUGGGGUGCGAGGGCGGGCGGGAGGGUGCAGGGUUUCGUUUCUUGGGGUUGUUUUGGCCUGUUUUUUUGUCUAACUCGGGCUAUAUCUUGGAUUUGUUCUCUGGUGUAGUAUUGUGUUGUUCUUGUCCUCCGCGUAGUACUGUGUUUGUUACGUGAGUGGUAAUACUCGCAGGUAGAAAUCUGGCUUCACCUGUUCACUGUCAAAAAGGCAUUUUUGUUCAGAGAAACAACAAAUCUUUUUUUGAAAUUAUUUUUUGUGCUUUUGUUUUUUUCUUUUUAGCAGCAUGUUGGGUGAGAAACUAAAUGUGAAGGAGACAAAUCCUGAACAGACUGCAGAAAGUUAGCUUAUAUUUUAGAAGUUAUUUAGGGUAACAUGGGGCUUUUGUUUCAAUGUUACCUUAAAUCAUGCCUUAACCUCUGAUUGAUUCAGAAGCAUAAUACUUGAAAGUAUUUUGUCUUCAAUCAGUAUCAAAUCCUAAGGAUUUUACGUAAGGUUUUUUUGUAACCUGAUUUUUAAUGAUGGAGAUUACCUAUUACCCACAUGAGCACAGGGUCUUGUGUACAAAAACACUGAUUCAUAUUGGAUCCUUACGUAUACCAACUUCUGGUAUAAUAUGGUUGGGAAGGAUCAUUUUGUUCUUCAUAACGCUGCUUUUUGCAGGGUUGGGUUUUUUUUUAUUUAAAAAAACACCUCUGUUUUCUACUUCUGUGCUUACUUUGGUGGAAAGUGUGGUCCUUAUUGCACUAAAGAAAAAACCUCAAGGGGGAAUUAAUCUCACUGGGUCUUUUAGUGUUGCUUUCUCAUUUCUUGGUGGAAUGCACUGAUUUUUCUAACUAACUGGAAAUGGGCAUUAUAUACACACGCUGUUUUUCAACAGGUUACACUGCUUUUAUUUAAUGUAACAGCACUUGGGUUAAGCGAUUUUUGCCAUCUAAAUAACUUUAAACGGUAUUCUAGAUUAAGAAUAUUUUUGUAAAAGAGCCUGUGUACAGUUCAGUGUAGCUGUAUUGCGAUGUCAUGUGUAGUCACUUGAAAGUUCACUACUUAAGACUGGUGUGUUAACGUUAUGUUCGUUCAGUGGUUCAGGAUUUUCUUUGUGUAUAUCUAAUGGUUUUUAAUACGCACUGGAUUUUUUUCCUUGUGUCUGUCAGGCUGACUCUGGGACCUUACACUUUUAUUUCUAUUUAUAUAAUAACAAAGCCAUUUUUUCGCAGGUUUUCUUUUUUAGAUGGUGAAACAUCUUUCAGCAGUUUACCUUCUAAUUAAUACACAUUUUCACUUACAGAUACAGCAAAGACAAGAUGCUAACACUCAUUUGUUCACAGCUGAUCUUCCAUACCAUUGCAUACAAUUUUUAUUGAUACAAAGCGCCCUUACGAUAAGUCAACUUUCUUUUUUUCCAGUGGUCCCCUUUGUCUCUACCCUGUGCUGUACCUCAUUUCCAUCUCAUUUGCCUCCGUUUUUCCAUUCCCACAAGGAUAUUUGUAUCCUUGUUACGUUCCUGCUGUUUUCCCUCUCUUCACCUCUCUGGACUUUUCCUGCCUGAGUGCCUUGCAUUCAGUCUUUCGCUCUACUUUCUGUUCUUACAGCUCUGCUGAGGAUCCCUGAAACAUAGCCCCCCCACCCCGAGAGCAUCGUCCUGUACUUUUCUUUGCCGACUUUGGUACAUGAGGUUGCUUUUGCAGGUGUCACACCUUAGGAGAUGCUGCCCAUCCCAAAGCACUGGAGAAGCAGUACUUAACAGUUUUGCUUUGCAGUUUUACCUGUGUUGGAGGAUUAAACCAUUUUUGUUUACAUGCUCCAGCAUUUGUGGCAAGCCAGGCGAAACAGGAUUAACAACUCUUCUGUCCUUUUCACUUUUUCAGGAGUUCUGUUCUUGAAUUCAGUGAUAGUAAUAGCACUUUUUUUUUAUUGCUACGUAGAAAUAUGAACAGUCGACAUGAUUCUACCUCCUAUUACUAUUACUGAAUGUGAUCCUUCCUAACCUGUAAAGUCUUAAACACUGUAUAUAUUUGGGUGUUUUGAGAAUCACUUCAAAUGUAUUGCUCUAAUCUGGAUUACAGAGUUUGUUUAUUAGCAGUUCAGGAUAUAAAUUCAACAGCCGACUGUAUCAUACUGACUCCACUGGGAGUUCGUCUGCCUCAUGUUUUCUACAGCAUCAUCUGCACAAGGUGUUUACUACUAGUUUCUGGAAUGUAAUACUGAACUAUUACCAAGUCCUCCACUUCCAUAAGAGAUCUUUGUCGUACCAAUUUAAGUGAAUGUAAAAAUGGAAACACAAAGAUGAUCUCAUGUACAAUUUUUUUUACAUGUAACUCCAUGCUUAAAAUGUCAACAUGUAAAUAUAUUUAUUGUACCUAAAAUAUGUCAAUAAAACUUGAUCUUUAUCAUA